AUGCGUGGGUUUGCGUCGCACCAGGCGAUGACGGUGAUUCCCAACACGACCGAGUCCAAGUCGGCACAGUUCCAGGAGAACGCCAGCAACAUGGCCCAGGCGGUGCGCGACCUGGAAGCACAGGUGACGCGGAUCUCGCAGGGCGGGCCUGAGAAGGCGCGGGCCAAGCACCUGGCACGCAACAAGCUGCUGCCGCGCGACCGGGUGGGCAAGCUGCUGGACCCGGGAUCGGCGUUCCUGGAGCUGUCGCAGCUGGCGGGGCUGGGGAUGUACGGCGAGGAGAUCGCGGGCGGCGGAAUCAUCACGGGGAUUGGGCGUGUCAACGGCGUCGAGUGCAUGGUGGUGGCCAACGACUCGACAGUCAAGAAGCACCUGCGCGCGCAGGAGAUUGCACGUGAAAACAACCUCCCGUGCGUGUACCUGGUGGACUCGGGCGGUGCCAACCUGCCGCACCAGGCGGAGGUGUUCCCGGACCGCGAGCACUUUGGGCGCAUCUUCUACAACCAGGCGACCAUGUCGGGCAUGGGUAUCCCGCAGAUCGCCGUGGUCAUGGGGUCGUGCACGGCCGGCGGAGCGUAUGUGCCGGCCAUGGCCGACGAGAGCAUCAUUGUGAAGAACCAGGGCACUAUUUUCCUGGCCGGCCCGCCGCUGGUCAAGGCCGCAACCGGCGAGGUCGUCAGCGCCGAGGAGCUGGGCGGCGCCGACCUGCACUGCCGCACGUCGGGCGUCACCGACCACUACGCAAUGGACGAUGCCCACGCCCUGGCGCUGGCGCGUGAGGCUGUGGCCAGCCUCAACUGGCAGAAGCCGCAGCAGCUGGCACUGCGGGCGCCCGAGCAGCCGCUGUACGACGCGGCAGAGCUGGGUGGCAUCGUCGGUACCAACCUGCGCAAGCCGUUUGACGUCAAGCAGGUCAUUGCACGCAUCGUCGACGGUAGCCGCUUCCAGGAGUUCAAGCGCCUGUACGGCACCACGCUGGUGACUGGCUUUGCCCAUGUGCAUGGCCAGCCUGUCGGCAUCGUGGCCAACAACGGCAUUCUGUUUGCCGAGUCUGCCCAGAAGGGCGCCCACUUCAUCGAGCUGUGCGCCCAGCGCGGCAUCCCGUUGGUGUUCCUGCAGAACAUCACCGGCUUCAUGGUUGGCUCGUCGGCCGAGGCUGGCGGUAUUGCCAAGCAUGGCGCCAAGCUGGUUACCGCGGUGGCCUGCGCAAAGGUCCCCAAGUUCACCUUCCUGAUCGGCGGCAGCUUCGGCGCCGGCAACUACGGCAUGUGCGGCCGCGCGUACUCGCCGCGGUUCCUGUGGAUGUGGCCCAAUGCCCGCAUCUCGGUUAUGGGCGGCGAGCAGGCGUCCAAUGUGCUGGCCCAGGUCAAGCGCGACGGCAUGGAGGCGCGCGGCCAGACAUGGGCAAGCGAGGCCGAAGACGAGUUCAAGCAGCCCAUUGUCGACAAGUACGAGGCCGAGGGCCACCCGUACUACUCGUCGGCGCGCCUGUGGGACGACGGAGUCAUCCGCCCCGAGGACACCCGCCGCGUGCUGGGCCUGGCGCUGUCGGCAUCGCUGAACAAGCCGAUCGAGAAGACCCAGUUUGGCGUGUUCCGCAUGUAA